UAUUUAUGUAAGUCACUUGACCUGCCAGUGACAUUAGAUCUGAAUUCCUGAACAAUAAUCAUGACUUCAUUAUCAUUAAUGACAGACAGAAUACCCGGGUGUUGUUUCGUGGUCAAUUCCAACCGUCGACUCCAAUAGUAAUAUUUAUGUUUCCAAACCAGAUACAGAACUCAUGCGUACUGUUGUAUGUGUUUUCCUGUGUCUUCAGUCUCGUGGCGCUAUACCAACCGCGCGGGCCCCAGCCGGCUGCAUACGGCCACUCCCAGAUACUGGCCAACCUCGUGGAUGAGUGGUCACCUAUGAUGUGAUAGGACCACAAAGAAGACGAAAUCCCGCAUUAUCAUGCUGGCAGGGUAC